CAAAAUCAUUCGUUCAUUUUUAUUCGUAGUAGAUACCGUGUUUUGUAGUUAUUUUUGCAAAAAUUUACAUUUUACAGUUACGUGUUCACGUAGAGAAAACCUACGUGAAGAACUAGAUUAUUUUAAAAUUAAAAUUUGUAAUAGUUCUUCUAACAUAAUUCAGUAUUUUAACAUCUUACACAAGUGGUGCAACGGGCAACCGUCCUUAUCUCGUCUUUAUUAUUGUUUGAUUCUCUACUGAAGAUGAAGAGUGCGAAGGUGAUCCUGGGCGCCAACCGCUGCCUGCAGAACAAGCUGGUGCCGCUGUACUCGUGCCGAGCUGCAAGCACGGCGGGCAAGGAUGCGGUGCGGCAGUCGGACUCCUUCACCCUGAACCUGUUCCGUGGGCAGCUGCAGCCGGCGCAGGUGUUCCCGUACCCAGAGGUGCUCUCCGCCGACCAGAAGCAGGUGCUGCAGGAGCUUGUGCCGCCCGUCGAGAGGUUCUUUUCAGAGGUGAACGACCCGGCGCGCAACGACCAGGACGCCAGCAUCGAGCCGGAGACGCUCAACGGGCUGUGGGACCUCGGCGCCUUCGGGCUGCAGGUGCCCUGCGAGCUGGGCGGGCUGGGGCUGAGCAACACGCAGUACGCGCGGCUGGUGGAGGUGGUGGGCGCGCACGACCUGGGCGUGGGCAUCACGCUGGGCGCGCACCAGAGCAUCGGCUUCAAGGGCAUCCUGCUGUUCGGCACGCCCGAGCAGAAGCAGAAGUACCUCACGCGCGUCACCAACCGCGAGUACGCCGCCUUCUGCCUCACCGAGCCCGCCUCCGGCUCCGACGCCGGCUCCAUCAAGACGCGCGCGGUGCUGUCCCCGUGCGGCACCAAGUACAUCCUGAACGGGUCCAAGAUCUGGAUCUCGAACGGAGGCACCGCCGAGAUCAUGACGGUGUUCGCGCAGACGCCCGUCGAGAAGGACGGACAGACCGUGGACAAGGUGACGGCGUUCAUCGUGGAGCGCUCGUUCGGCGGCGUGUCGUCCGGCCCGCCCGAGAACAAGAUGGGCAUCAAGUGCAGCAACACCGCCGAGGUGUACUACGAGGACGUGCCCGUGCCCAUCGAGAACGUGCUCGGCGGCGUCGGGAACGGCUUCAAGGUGGCGAUGAACAUCCUGAACAACGGGCGGUUCGGCAUGGCGGCGGCGCUGGCCGGCACGCAGCGCGCCGCCAUCCGCCAGGCCGCCGAGCACGCCGCCGCGCGCACGCAGUUCAAGCGCAAGCUCAUGGACUUCACCGCCAUACGGGACAAGCUGGCGCACAUGUGCAUGCUGCAGUACGUGACGGAGUCGCUGGCCUACAUGGUGUCGGGCAACAUGGACGCCGGCUGCUCAGACUACCACCUCGAGGCCGCCAUCAGCAAGGUGUUCGCCAGCGACGCCGCCUGGCUCGUCGUCGACGAGGCCAUACAGAUCCUGGGCGGCAUGGGCUACAUGAAGGCCACGGGGCUGGAGCGCGUGCUGCGCGACCUGCGCAUCUUCCGCAUCUUCGAGGGCACCAACGACAUCCUGCGCCUCUUCGUCGCGCUCACCGGUAUCCAGUUCGCGGGCUCGUCGCUGAAGGAGCUGCAGCGCGCGUUCAAGAACCCCGCGGCGCACCUGUCGCUCAUCUUCACGGAGGGAGCGAGACGAGCGCAGCGCGCCGUGGGCCUGGCGCCGCGCGCCGACAUCGGGUCGCUGGUGGCGCCGGAGCUGCGCGGCGCGGCGGGCGAGCUGGCGGCCGCCGUGGACCAGUUCGGGCAGGCCGUGGAGGGCACGCUCGUCAAGUACGGGAAGGGCGUGGUGGAGGAGCAGCAGGUGCUGAACCUGCUGGCGGCGGCCACCAUCGACAUCUACACCAGCGCCGUGGUGCUGUCGCGGGCCUCGCGCGCCGCGCGCCUGGCGCUGCCCACCGCGCAGGAGGAGCUGCAGCUGGCGAGUGCGUGGGCGCGCGAGGCGCUGGGCCGCGUGGGGCCGGCGCUGGCGGCGGCGCGGGGCGAGCACGACGCGCACCGCCGCGCGCUCAGCGAGCUCGGCCUCCGCAUCGCCACCCGCGGCGGCCAGCUCUCGCUCAACCCGCUCAACCUGUAGGCGACGAUCCGGGAUCACAACCACAUCAUCGACCAUUCUAUAAUCAAAUUGGUCUUUUGUGUUCAAAAUAGGUCCCAUAUUCAGUAUAGUUAGUGUUGUCUGUGGAAGCGACGCCGAGCGCCUUCGAGUGAGUACACCGCUUUACGUUCCGCUCUCUUAUUGUAAUUGAAUUCGCCAAUUUUUAUUGUAUAUAUACCUUUUCAACUUAACUAUCAUUAUAUACCAAUAUGUAAAUACAUAAUAGUUGACCGUAAAUCUGCUCAAUAUUAAGUACAAUGUGAAGAUUUAUACAGUACAUAUUUAAAGUUUUAUAUUUGGUGCGAGCGGGCGCGGCGUUGCUCGUUACCGUGAGAUAGAUCGAUGAACCUCGUAGUUGUAAGUAUAUAAUGUAAGUAGACACUGCACACUGUUGUGAAUCAGAUUAUGAAGUAUUUUGUAAAAUGUUAUUUAUUUUUAUUAAAUAGUAACUAUAUUUUUACGAC